UGAAUUUCAGCUCAAAUCACAAUACUUCGGUUCCCAUGAAUUCAGGAGUUCCAGAUCUCACUUUGGAAAUCUGAGUUCGUCAUUUCUCGAUUCAGAGGCGGGAAUUUGAAACCGCGGUAAGAUCUGUAUGCAUUCUUGAAGCUCAGAUUGAAGAAGAAAUGGGCUGCACAUUUUCUGGAUUGAAUGCUUUCUACGACGCCGUGAAUAGCGGCGGAGAUGUUUGGAUCAAUGAGAACAGGUUCAGGAUCGUAAGGCAGCUCGGCGAAGGCGGCUUUGCUUAUGUCUUCCUCGUCAAGGAGGUGCUUGCUGUUUCUUCUUCAGACGCUGUUCCUGGUGGUUUGCACAAAAAAUUCAAGGACUCCACUCAUCUAUCUGAUGAUGGAUCAUACGCAUUGAAGAAGGUGCUCAUCCAGAAUAAUGAACAACUGGAAUUGGUGAAAGAGGAGAUCCGUGUUUCAUCUCUGUUUACUCAUCCCAAUCUACUUCCUCUUCUUGAUCAUGCUAUAAUCGCUACUAAGGCUAAUCAAGAACGAUCUUGGAACCAUGAAGCAUACCUACUAUUUCCAGUACAUUUGGAUGGGACAUUAUUGGACAAUUCAAAAACCAUGCAAGCGAAUAACGAGUUCUUCUCAACAUCAGAUGUUUUGCAAAUAUUUCGACAGCUAUGUGCGGGUCUGAAGCACAUGCACGAUUUUGAUCCCCCAUAUGCACACAACGAUAUCAAGCCUGGUAAUGUUCUCAUAACUCAUAGAAAUGGUCAGCCACCUCUUGCUAUAUUGAUGGAUUUUGGAAGUGCUCGACCAGCAAGGAGGCAAAUUAGCAGUCGUUCAGAGGCACUGCAGUUACAGGAAUGGGCAUCUGAACAUUGCUGUGCUCCUUUCCGGGCUCCUGAGUUGUGGGAUUGUGAAAGUCAUGCAUAUAUAGACGAGAGAACCGAUAUUUGGUCGUUAGGAUGCACUCUAUAUUCAAUAAUGUAUGGGGCAUCUCCAUUUGAAUAUGUGCUUGGCGAAUCUGGAGGAAGCUUACAGUUAGCAAUCGUAAAUGUACAAAUCAAGUGGCCGGCUGGACCAACUCCUCCAUAUCCAGAUGCUCUUCGCCAGUUUGUGAAGUGGAUGCUUCAGCCACAGGCUGCAGUCCGUCCGAACAUUAAUGAUAUUAUAAUUCAUGUUGACAAGCUUAUCUCAAAGUUCUCUUAUUGAGGCAUAAUGGAAACGAGGCAAACAUCGGAUCACUAUUCUCAUUUGAAGUUAUAUUACGUUGACCUUCCUGCCUUUUCAUGGCUUACACCUGGAAUUACUUGCUGUGGAAAUAAAGCAGGAGCUGUUCCUAUUCCAGUGUCAAUACAGUUAAUCGACAUAGUUUUGGCCAUUGUCCAAUGUUCUUUGACUAUCCAUGGGAAUCAUAUAGUUUUAAUAUUUUUGUAAUCUAUAUAACUACCGAUUGUUCUUUUCUUCUAGAGCAUAGUUGUAGAAAAUGCACCAUUGUGCCACCCACAUAAUUUAUGUUUCUAGAAGCAUAUAUUUUUCUUCAAGAGCUUCCUGAGCCUAAUAAUGUUCCCUAACAUUAAAUUAUGCUAUUAUAUGAAUGUAAAUUGAUUGAAUGA